AUGUCAGACUUCUGGCAAAACAACAAGGGCUCGAUUAUGUCGGGGUUAUCCACGGCUGGUAAAUAUGGCUACAAGGGCUCGAAAGCCGUUGCCAAGGCCGGAUAUAAGGCUGGCAAAAAUCAAUAUAAUAGUAGCCGCGGUAUUAGCAAUACUGAUCAACCAAAGGAUUCCGAAGACUCAGGAAGUUUUGAACGUACUUCAUCCCAACCUUCCCAACCGUUGCAAGAUGUUUCGAGCUUCCCGCCACCUCCAGUUCGUCCAGGUCAAAAUCAAUAUCAUGGUAAAGAACAACCCUCUGUGCCGAAUGCCGGAAGACCAACAGUUUACACACCUUCACAUGCCCAAAAUACUCAAGGAUCAAUAUCUAUGGCAGAUGUAAGCCCUCUCCCAUCGACAGCCCAACCACAUUUUCCAUCACAAGCGGAUAUUGCCCCACCAGUUUACGAAUCCUCGUUACCACUUCCUACUACUGCUGCUCCCGAUGCUACACGAAAACCCAUUCAGAUGUUGGCGCCGGAACCCAUGGUUCACGGGGCGAUUGAAUUAAACUACGUCGAAGAGUCUACCCCUGUUCUCCCUACGAGAAAUUAUAGCAUAGAUGCGCAACAAGAUCCAAGUGUAUAUACUCGCGACGCUGCUCUCCUCCCCCACGAAAUGAAUUCACAGACAACUUCCGAGAAGCCACAUCAAAGGGAAACUCUGCAAAAUAUUACACCAGACACGACUGCCAGUCAAAGUGUUCAGGCAAGUGGUCAGUAUCAGGUUAAGCCGUAUGUGCGAAAAACUCCUGAAGAACUCAUGGCUGAGAAAAAGGCUUUACGCCCUGUUGUUGAACCUACACUCACACCUGAGGUUAGAGCCCAGCAAAGGUCAGAGCCAGCUCGGCCUGCUGAAGCUGCCGCCAGCGAAUCCACUCACGAUACAGCCCAAAAAGGCAUUAGUGGAGUCUAUUCGCCAACCAUCCCAACUAAUUUUGCACCGCCUCCCACGCCGAGAGGGAGAAAUUUUACAGGAGCUGAUACAUUGAACUGUAAUCCUUCGCGUAAUAUCAGCCGAACCUCUUUACCUAGGAAUAACAACGCUGUGAGGUCGUCAAGCACUUUAUCAAGCAAUGAAAGUCGUUUGCAAAUUGGUAAGUCACGAAAAGAUGAUGACGUUCCCAAGUCAGCUGUGGUAGGAUCCUACAAUUACGAUGCGAAGGUCAACUUUCAGCCUCCGCCGAAACCUUUUAGAAGAGAUGAGCAGCAACGAUCUGAUACGCUUCGUUCCUCGCAAAGAUCGCAGCAGGUGGUCUUACCAAGUCUGCAAACAGCCGUAACACUCCCAUUGCAGGCCGAAGCUAUUUCAAUGCCACCACAGCAUGCUCACAGCGCCACAAUCGACCUAUCAGAUUCUCAAAGCCUGGUGAGCGCAGAGCAUCGGAUUGUUGCUUCUCCAGCGCUGCCCCCAAGAAGGAUAGAAUCGCCGAUGGUCUCAAAUUCUUCACGGGAACACACUGUGGAUGUUGUCUCAAAGAAUUCUAUUCAAACUGAUGCUUCGGCUUCAAGGAAAGAAGAUAGUUUUGGAGCCUUGAAUAAUGAACUAGCUGCAAAACUAAAAAUUAAAAAGAAGGCUCCUCCCAUUCCUAAAAAGAAAGAAUCUCUUAAAGUACGUCCUCCUGUUCCUGCCAAGAAACCUUCGCUAAACUGGAGUCCUAGCCUUAGCAGCAAUAUAGGUGGAAUAAAAACCGCUGUUGUUAAAGAGCCGUCAGUUGAAGUCGCUCCACCACCUGUGGCACCUGCAAAAAGAUCCCCCGCCCCUCCUUCUCCACACACCAGAGGUCAACCUGCCGUUGAAUUGAGUGUACAACCCGGGGCAAUCGGUACGGACGAAAACCCGUUCCAGAGAUAUCUUUUACGAGCUGUGCCAACUGAGAACGAUCGUUUGCACAAGUAG